UGAUCACCCCUUUUCCGCAAAUAAUUCUGGCCGAGUAGCUUUCAUCUGUCUCUUUUGGUCCAGCGAAGUGCUGAAGUGAGGUUGCCCACAGAACACCGGCCGCUAAAAUCGCAAAUCUCAAAAACCGUCGCCAUGAGUGGACUCCAGUGCCUGAUGCAGGACAGUGUCUGGUUCGACAAGCCCAGGUAUGACGAGGCAGAGCGGCGCUUCUACGAGGGCAUGAACGGCAUCACCCACUCGGCACAGCCGCCUCAGGAGAGAGAAGCUAGUGCCAUCCUGCAGGACAUUGCUAAAGCCCGCCAGAAUAUCCAGAAAUCCCUAGCCGGACUGAAGACCGCACUGCAGCCAGGCCGGGGUCAGUCUCGCCCCCAAAAGCAGCAGCAGCGCCGCAAUCGGACCACCUCAUCGAGCAGCACAGGGGGCGGAGACCAGACAGACCUGGUGUCACGCAUGAAGAGUCUGGAGAUGGAGAACCAGAGUUUGCACAAAGCUGUGAACGACCUGAGAUCCAUGAUGUCCAAGAUGGAGUCGCGCCUCACCGUGCUGGAGAAGGCCAAACCUACCGCUUCGCCAUCCUACGCACAAGCCGCCAAGACCGUGGUUGUCCAGGCACCCAAGAAGGUUGAAGUGAAAGAGGAGGAGGAGGACGACGAUGACUUGGACCUGUUCGGCGACGACGACGACGAUGAGGAGGCAGAGCGCCUCAAGGCAGAGAGGGUGAAGGCGUACACUGAAAAGAAGGCCAAGAAGCCCGUGCUCAUCGCCAAGUCCUCCAUCCUGCUCGACGUCAAGCCCUGGGACGACGAGACGGACAUGGCCAAGUUGGAGGAGUGUGUGCGCUCUGUCCAGACAGACGGGCUCCUGUGGGGCGCCUCUAAGCUGGUGCCCGUGGGCUACGGCAUCAAGAAGCUGCAGAUCAACUGCGUGGUGGAGGACGACAAGGUGGGCACAGACUACCUGGAGGAGGAGAUCACCCAGUUCGAGGACUACGUCCAAAGUGUGGAUGUUGCUGCCUUCAACAAGAUCUGAGGCUCCUUGGUCCGGAUUGGUGUGCUGUGCUGGGAUGUUUGCUGCUUUCAGUUUGAACGGUUUCAAAUAAAAACAGUUUUGCGUUAAGAA